ACACACAAGCAUUCACGCACACGCACGCACUUUUCCCACCGGGAUGGAGGCGCUUCAGCCUGCGUUCAGAGCCAACGGAGAAGUCGCACGCGUCCGCACGGCACACAUGGCUGCGAGCUGGUGGCGAACCUUUUCUACGUCCGUCUGGAUCAUAUCGCUCGUUUCAAGCGCGAGGACAAGGAUCUAUCCCCCCAAUGAAGUGACCCUGCUGGAUACCAGGACAGUGCCAGGAGAGCUGAAAUGGGCAGCCAGUCCCUCAGAGGGAGGGUGGGAGGAGGUGAGCAUCAUGGAUGAGAAGAACAUCCCCAUCAGGACCUACCAGGUGUGUAACGUCCUCGAACCCAGUCAGAACAACUGGCUGCGGACAGACUGGAUCCCUCGGUCCGGUGCUCAGCGGGUUUACGUUGAAGUCAAGUUUACUUUGAGAGACUGCAACAGCCUGCCGGGCGUCACCGGCACCUGCAAGGAAACAUUCAAUCUGUACUAUCACGAGUCAAACGAAGACAGAGAGAGCUACAUCAAAGAGAGCAGCUUCAAUAAGGUGGACACGGUGGCAGCAGACGAGAGUUUCACCCAGGUGGAUGUCGGAGACCGCAUCAUGAAACUGAACACAGAGGUGCGAGAUGUUCGAGUCACAACGCGGAAGGGCUUCUACUUGGCCUUUCAGGAUGUUGGCGCCUGCAUCGCUUUGGUUUCUGUUCGAGUUUUCUACAAAACUUGCCCGCUCACCGUACGGAACUUGGCAACUUUUCCCGACACGGUCACUGGCGCGGAUACGUCCUCAUUAGUUGAAGUGAGAGGUUCAUGUGUCAACCAGUCAGAAGAAAGAGAGGAGCCUAAAAUGUACUGCGGUGCUGAUGGAGAGUGGUUGGUUCCUAUUGGUGGAUGUUUCUGCAAACCGGGACAUGAAGAGAAGGGAGGCGCAUGUAAAGCCUGCUCUGCUGGUUUCUAUAAGGCCAAGUCUUCAGAUGAUGAGUGCUCCAAGUGCCCUCCUCACAGCCACUCACUCAGGGACGGGGCCAACGUGUGCGAGUGCCACAUGGGAUUCUUCCGUGCCGACGCUGACCCUCCCUCCAUGGCCUGCACCCAGCCACCAUCAGCGCCGCAGCAACUCAUCUCUGUUGUGAACGAGACAUCGGUUGUCUUGGAGUGGGCCCCCCCUCGUCGACUGGGAGGACGAAGUGACACCAGUUACAGUCUGGAGUGUCUCAUCUGUCAACUCGGGAGUCACGCUCAGACUGACGGUCGAACUUUACAGAGGAAUCGUUCUGUUUCCCAGCCUGAGAUUCAGCACAGUGGAAUAGGAAUGCAAUCAGACCAGGGGAUUGUGGGACCUGAAGUCCAAUUAGGCAGAGGGGUUCUCCAGAGCAGGACUGGAGAUUACCCCUGGCCUGGUUCUGACUCCAUCUCUAACUCUCAGCUUUGCCUGCCCUGCAGCUCAGAUGUGCUCUUCUCUCCGGGCCAGAUCGGCCUGCACACCACCAGGGUGGUGGUGAGCAAGCUCAGAGCCCACACGCACUACACCUUUAUUGUCCACGCACUCAACGGGGUUUCUCAGGCCAGCGGCGCAGGGGCAUCACUGAGUGUGUCUGUUAGCGUCACCACCAACCAAGCAGCUCCUUCCCCGGUGUCGUCCAUUCAAGUCACAGAUGUGACUAGACACAGUUUGUCGUUGUCUUGGCGACAGCCUGAUCGACCAAAUGGGGUCAUCCUGGAAUAUGAGGUCAAGUUCUAUGAAAAGGACCAGAAGGAGAGGUCCUACCGAAUUAUGAGAACCUUUUUACGGAGUGUUGACGUUACGGGUCUGAACCCCCUCACCGUUUACGUGUUUCAUGUGCGUGCUCGCACAGCUGCCGGGUACGGAGAGUACAGUGCUCCGUUUGAAUUCUCCACCAACUCAGAUCCUUUCCCCUUGAUUGGAGAAGGUGUUAACUCUGCCUUUUUGCUGCUGUCUGUCAGCGCCGUUGGAAUUUUACUGCUCAUAUCUGCAGCCGUCUUCAUCAUCAGCCGCAGGAGGAGCAAGUACAGUAAAACAAAGCAGGACUCAGAGGAGGAGAAGCAUCUGAACCCAGGAGUCAAAAUCUACGUGGACCCGUUCACCUACGAAGACCCGGAUCAGGCCAUCCAUGAGUUUGCCAAAGAGAUUGAUGUGAGCAGUAUUCACAUCGAGAAGGUUAUUGGCAUAGGAGAGUUUGGGGAAGUGUGCAGCGGACGGCUGCGUGUGCAGGGAAAGAGGGAGAUCUAUGUGGCCAUCAAGAGUCUGAAGGCGGGAUACUCUGACAAACAGAGGAGGGACUUCUUAUCCGAGGCCUCCAUCAUGGGACAGUUCGACCACCCCAACAUCAUCAGGCUGGAGGGUGUCAUCACCAGAUGCAAGCCAUUGAUGAUCAUCACAGAAUACAUGGAAAAUGGUUCGCUGGAUGCGUUCCUUCGAAAAAACGACGGCCAGUUCACAGUCAUCCAGCUGGUGGGCACGCUGCGUGGCAUCGCCUCAGGUAUGAAGUACCUCGCAGACAUGAACUACGUCCACAGAGACCUGGCCGCUCGCAACAUCCUGGUCAACAGCAACCUGGUGUGUAAGGUGUCGGACUUCGGCCUGAGUCGAAUUCUGGAGGACGAUCCUGAGGCUGCCUACACAACAAGGGAGGCCACCAGCUCCUAUCUUUCCCCUGGAGGGAAAAUCCCCAUCAGAUGGACGGCUCCAGAGGCCAUAGCCUACAGGAAGUUUACCACAGCCAGUGACGUGUGGAGCUACGGUAUCGUCAUGUGGGAGGUGGUUUCAUAUGGAGAAAGACCUUAUUGGGACAUGAACAACCAAGAUGUGAUUAAAGCAAUAGAAGAAGGUUACAGACUGCCCGCUCCCAUGGACUGUCCUGUGGUGCUGCACCAGCUCAUGCUGGACUGUUGGGAGAGGGAGCGAGCAGAGAGACCCACCUUCAGCCAGAUACUCAACAUGUUGGAUAAACUCAUCCGUAACCCUGGAACGCUGCGCCGCACAGGAGGGGACAGACCUGCAGGAACAAUGUUGGAGUCCAGGGUGGGUUCGGAGGUGUGUGUCUCAGUUGUACCGGAGGUGUGUGUGCAGCAGUGGUCAGUGUGUGACUGGCUACAGUCCAUUGGGUUGGAGAUGUACAGAGACGUCCUCGCAGCUGCAGGAUACACCAGUCUGGACAGCCUGCUAACGCUCACACACCAGGAGAUGGACAGACUUGGAAUAAUUGUCCCAUCACAUCAGGACUUACUAUUUGCUAGUGUGCAGCAAGAAAUGUUGUCUCAGAUGCAACACAUGCAACACUCUAUGGUUCCUGUCUGAGAUGGCGUACAGGUACAAACCUGUUCUUAUUUUUUAUUUUUUUUAGAAGAUUUUCAUUUACCUCAUCUGUGCACUUUAGAAGAAUCGUUUACCAGUGGAAAUUCAGCGAGUUUUGAAGGAGGACACAAAU